CAGGUUUCUCUGCUAGGGUUUCCUAAACUCUCGUCAUAAAGAAGUGGUCGUGAAAUACUUCUGUAAUUUUUAUGUGGAUCUGGAAGACUCCCACUACUCCUCCUCAUAAUUGGUGUAUGUGUUUAACCCUAAAUUGUGCAUUAUGGCAGACAAAUUAACAAGAAUUGCCAUUGUCAACCAUGACAAGUGUAAGCCAAAGAAAUGCCGUCAAGAAUGCAAGAAGAGUUGUCCUGUGGUUCGAAUGGGAAAACUUUGCAUAGAAGUUACAUCACAGAGCAAGAUAGCAUGGAUCUCAGAAACACUUUGUAUUGGUUGUGGUAUUUGCAUCAAGAAAUGUCCUUUUGGAGCCUUGUCAAUCGUUAACUUACCUAGCAACCUGGAGAAAGAAACAACGCAUAGAUAUUGUGCCAAUGCCUUCAAACUUCACAGGUUGCCUAUCCCUCGGCCAGGUGAAGUACUGGGAUUGGUUGGAACCAAUGGUAUUGGAAAAUCAACCGCCUUGAAAAUUUUAGCAGGAAAACAGAAGCCAAAUCUUGGAAAAUAUGACGAUCCACCUGACUGGCAAGAAAUUUUGACUUAUUUCCGAGGAUCUGAAUUACAAAAUUAUUUUACCAAGAUCCUGGAAGAUGACCUGAAAGCUAUCAUUAAACCUCAGUACGUGGACCAGAUCCCUAAAGCUGCAAAGGGAACAGUGGGAUCAAUUCUGGAUAGGAAGGAUGAAACUAAGACACAAACUGUUGUAUGUCAGCAGCUCGACUUAACCCAUCUGAAAGAAAGAAAUGUUGAGGAUCUUUCAGGAGGAGAACUUCAGAGAUUUGCUUGUGCAGUUGUUUGCAUUCAGAAGGCUGAUAUCUUCAUGUUUGAUGAACCUUCUAGCUACCUAGAUGUCAAGCAGCGCUUGAAGGCUGCCAUUACGAUUCGAUCCCUUAUAAACCCUGACAGGUACAUUAUUGUUGUAGAGCAUGAUCUAAGUGUGUUAGAUUAUCUCUCCGACUUCAUCUGCUGCCUGUACGGUGUGCCAAGUGCUUACGGUGUUGUUACUAUGCCUUUCAGCGUAAGAGAAGGCAUAAACAUUUUCUUAGAUGGCUAUGUUCCAACAGAAAAUCUAAGGUUUCGAGAUGCAUCUCUGGUAUUUAAAGUGGCUGAGACGGCUAACGAAGAAGAGGUUAAAAAGAUGUGUAUGUACAAAUAUCCAGGAAUGAAAAAAAAGAUGGGAGAAUUUGAGCUAUCCAUAGUAGCUGGAGAAUUCACUGAUUCUGAAAUUAUGGUGAUGUUGGGGGAAAACGGAACUGGCAAAACUACAUUUAUCCGAAUGCUUGCAGGAAGACUUACGCCUGAUGAAGGAGGUGAGGUCCCAGUUCUAAAUGUCAGCUACAAACCACAGAAGAUCAGUCCUAAAUCUACAGGAAGUGUCCGUCAGCUACUGCAUGAGAAGAUCAGAGAUGCCUAUACACACCCGCAGUUUGUAACCGAUGUAAUGAAACCUCUUCAAAUAGAAAACAUCAUUGACCAGGAGGUUCAGACGUUGUCUGGUGGUGAGUUGCAGCGCGUUGCGUUAGCUCUUUGUCUUGGUAAACCUGCAGAUGUCUACCUGAUUGACGAACCGUCAGCAUAUUUGGACUCUGAACAACGUCUCAUGGCUGCUAGAGUCAUUAAACGUUUCAUCCUCCAUGCUAAAAAAACAGCUUUUGUGGUAGAACACGAUUUCAUCAUGGCUACAUAUCUUGCUGAUCGUGUGAUUGUUUUUGAUGGCAUUCCUUCCAAGAACACACUUGCGAACAGUCCACAGACUCUUUUGGCUGGAAUGAAUAAGUUUUUAUCUCAACUUGAAAUCACUUUUAGAAGAGACCCCAACAAUUACAGACCAAGAAUAAACAAACUCAAUUCAAUCAAGGAUGUGGAACAAAAGAAGAGUGGAAACUACUUCUUCCUGGAUGACUAAAUACUGAGCCCAAGCAUCUUUGUAACUGGCAUAUAGAAAUGCAUAUUGGAACCUAAACAUUUGUGGAUGAGAAAGCUCAAUCAGGUUUUAGAACACUUAAUUUUUUUGGAGCUUAAAAUCUCUUGCUGCGUGUAACAUCUGAGAGCAGUAGCAGUGUAAAGCCUAGUCUGAGUAAAACUGCCACUUUCUAUAUUUUGGUGACACAGCCCUAUUUUCAGUGUAAUAAUUUCAAAAUAGACCACCUUGAUAUUAUGCAAAUAAGUCUCCUGAUUUUUCAAAAUCUAAAGGAGGUUUUCAAUUCAAUAUAUGCUAUUUAUGUACCCAGUACUGACUGCACUUCCUCAUUUUAAAAAUCUUUGGAGCUGUUACGUACAAGAGGGAAGCUUACGACAAAUGGCAAGCUACAGCAGCAGCGACUCCCAUCUUAAAAGGCUGAAGCUCUCUGGAUGAGGGUUUCAUAACAGCUCUAAUUCUUGAAUUACUAAUUCAAAAAUAUGUAUAUUUAUAUGAUGUUGUCACACACACCUUUUCUUGUACUCCAGAAAAGAACACACAAAAGAGGGAGUGCAUCUGUCCCUGUGCAUCUUCUCAGACCUAGUAACAGGAGAAUGAUCAGUUAAAUAAAGUCUUAAAGAAAAUAUUAAAAUCCUUUCGAUCUUCUGUAACUUAAACCUACAUAGUGAAGAAAGGUUAAUGGUUGUUUUCCAACUCCUUCCUCCAUCAGUAAGUGCUGGCACCCACCACCUUCCCAGGGAAAGAUUAAGUUAAGAUGCAAGAGUUAUUUUUGCCUAAAGCAAAAGCUUUGAUCCUUAUUGUAGGCAAAAAUGAAGGUAGAUAAAAAAACAGCUUGUCAAAAAUCAGUUUCCAUAUAAAGAAAGCUCCUUUAGGGA